AUGAUUAAACCCAAGGCAACAAGAGCAGAAUCCCGGCCAUGAGUUCCUCCUCCUUUCAAAAAUCUGAAUCCACGACCUCCUUACUGAAAUCAUCGGCGAGGAGGGCGACACACCUCCCCGACCACACGACAGAGAGCCGCCGAAGUCAUCACCACCAUCACCACCGACCCGCCGCCCACCGUAAAAGUGGCGCCGCGGAGGAGUCGCUCUGGUCGGCCGACCGCGACGUGAGCCUGCGGAGACCCCUGUGCCACCCCUCUCUCCUGCUUAGUAACCGCGACGUCGCAUCGAUCCGGGGCAAGAGCGGCUCCCACGCCGCCAACGACCGCGUUUCCGCUUCCCACCUCCACCUCCAUCUCCGGGACCUCCCGUCCGAUCAAAACGGUUGCGAGUCGGACCGCGGUGUGAGGGAGCGCUGCAAGCCGUCCAAAAGCGCACACCGACACCACCGCAGAAAGCCGAACCGGGACCGGGACCCAGCACCAGCCCCUGAGCAUCACCGCUGUCCCGCACACGUCCCCAGAAUCGCGUCUCUGUCGGACAGCAACGACGACACGGCACCUUUCUCGGAGCCGACGGCCCAUAAGCGGUCCAGUUUGGCCAGCAGCGGCGACCACGUCGCCACUCCGUCCCCGUCCUCUUGCUCGCUGCCGCCCCUCUCCAGGAAAUCCUCUCGGCGCUCUCGGAGGUCCAGCGCUGCGUCCUUUGCCUCCGACCUGAACUUGCGUACCAUUCUCAAUUCCCUCUUUGGGCAGGACAGAGAGCUGAGGCCAGAGGAAAUGGAUGAGUUGCGGGAUGCUUUCAAAGAGUUUGACAAGGACAAAGACGGUUUCAUUAGCUGUAAAGACCUGGGCAACUGUAUGAGAACCAUGGGAUAUAUGCCAACUGAAAUGGAGCUGAUAGAACUGAGCCAGCAAGUCAACAUGAACUUGGGAGGACAUGUCGAUUUUGAGGAUUUUGUGGAGUUGAUGGGUCCAAAACUACUCGCUGAAACUGCAGACAUGAUUGGUAUAAAGGAAUUAAAGGAUGCCUUCAAACAGUUUGAUACUAAUGGGGAUGGAGCGAUAAGUAUAUUGGAGCUCAGAGAGGCCAUGAGGAAAUUGUUGGGACAGCAGGUGGCUAACAAGGACUUAGAAGAUAUCCUGAGGGAUGUCGACUUGAAUGGAGACGGGCUUGUUGACUUUGAAGAGUUUGUGCGAAUGAUGUCUCGAUAAGCAGCAAAAUGACUGAUCACAAAAUGAUACGCACUGAAUGUGAACCUCGACUCCUCUCUAUCCUCAUCAAAUGGGAACAGCAGAGGACACGCUAAGAACUCUGAGCCAUCCAAACCUGAAUGAUACUGGAAAUAAAAUUCCUUGAACUCUUUGGAGGAAGGGAUCACCUCACACUCUCAAUCAAAGUGUUCUUCCUGAAUUGGUCCCCAGUUCAACUGAGGCAGAAUUUGCUGUAGCCUAGGAGAAGAUUGUCCAACUUGUGUUUUUUUGCACUUUAAUUUUCACUUACUAUAUAACUAACUGUAUGGGUAGGCUGCUGUUGUUUUGUCCCCUGAGUCUAUAUGGCAUCCUUACAUGUAUCACAGAAUGGUCCCAUACUUUCGUACAAAGUAAAAUCCUGAUGAGUGUGUUGAUGUUAAGAUGUAGAGGAGUGUUUAAGUCAUUUUUCACUUGUGACGUACAAAUUUGUACCAACCCGUUUGUUUUGGUGCAAACAACAUUUUUUAUUGGGAUGUAAUAUAUGUUUCCUCAGCACUCCACAAGGAGCCCAAGUCGCAAUAUCACAUCUGUAUUGUAGCUAUUGUCUGUGAUUUGUCAAGUGACUGGAUGAGCAUAGUGCCGUGCUUAUCCAGUCCAAUGAAUGUAUUGAUGACUGAUGCCUCGGCUAAGUGGAUCUCUAAUCUGUUAAGGAAAAUACCGUUCACAUAUGCUGUCUCGAUGUUAUUCAGAGAUCCAUCACUACUGACAAACAGUUUUUAACUUUCUCUCUAACUUUGAAUUCAGAGGGUGAAAGUGGUUAUUGGCACCAGCCUGUUAGUUUACUCAUUACAUCUCUCCAGGAAAGUCGCCUUGACACACCGAAAGGCUCUGCUCCAGAUCCGAGGAAUGGCACUUGUGAAUUCCACUGAGGGUAGCUUUGAUAAUGCUGUACCGGUUCUGCACAUGUCAAUAUGUUUGUUGUUGCAAUACGAUAUGUCAAUAUGGUUGUUGUCAUGAUAAGAUGUCAAUAUGGUUGUUGAUGCGGUAAGGUUCCACGAAUCUGUGUUGUCCAAGCAGUUUUAGUGCAUGCCAAAGAAAGAAAUUUAUAAAUUAUAGUAAUAGACAAACACAUGCACAUUUGCAUUUGUCUUAUUAAAUGACCAACAAAUGUUGCCAAGUUGAUUGUAGAAUAAAACAAAAAAACAUGUUUACAACGGAUUGUUGUUUUUUGCUUUUUGCUUUUUGGUUUUUUAUUUGUUUUUUUUUGGUGUCUGGAAUUGUUAACAAAGAAAAACAUACACAAUAAAAAGAAAACGUUAGUGUGAUGACUA